UGGGAUAUGAGAGUCCUCCGGCGGCGCGCUGCCGCCAUGUCACCUAGAGAGAAACACUUAGCGAUUCUCUCUGCUUUAGGCUUAGUUAGUCUUGCUCUUUAUUAUAGUCCAACUUUUCUUUACGCGACUUUGAUUCUUGCAGUUUGUUGUCUUGUGUGUUACUAUCACAGCGGAGAACCGCUUCCCGCCAGGUUAGGCCUGAAUCCGCGGGCUGGACUGCGCGUUCCAGCCGUGCUUCGGCGUUGGUUGUGGGGUUUGGGGGUAACCGGCGUGUCGGCGGCGGCACGGGGGAGAACGAAGAGUAGCAGAAACAAAACCGAGCUCCGAGAACCAGAGGGGCCCUUCAGAGAAAGGUUCGGCGAAACUGGGAUUUAUCGGAGGGAGAGCUUAACAAGUGACUCGUUUCUUUUCAGUCCCCGGGAUUUCCUAAUGGGGAGCUACAUCGGGAAACCAGAAAGCCCGACCGCUGAUCCAGGGAGGCCGAGACCCGCAAGAAACCCCAGAGAACAACUGAGGGAAAGACUGUCUAGACCCAACCAUGCGGUCUAUACUCCAAACAGGAGGCUGUCAUUUACUGGGGAGCCACUGGGAACAGUGAGUAGGUUCACCAUCACCCCCCAGCGUCACUACCCCCUGCAGCAGCCGGGUGUCUCAUCAGUGGGAGUCUUACCUCCCGUUAGGUGGGAUGGCUUCAGGAAGAAAAACAUCCUCAGCCCGCGAAACUCUCCUGCGGCCCUUAGCCCUGUUACUGUGAAGAUCGCCAGGCCGGACCACCACAGCUCGCCCAGUUUUGACCAUCACAGAUGUGCAGGACACCCCAGGACCCCAGCAGACCCCUGCUCCAGGGAAAGUGUCCUCAAGGUAUUGAAGGAAAGUCGCAAGAGGGAUGUAGAGGAUGAAGACAGAAGCUUUACAACCGAGCAGAAAAGCAAAAGAAGGCGUAACGACAGUGGGGGAAGUGCACACUCUGCUUUCGGGCCACUUUUGCCAAAUGGAACACCAUCACAGCUGGUCCCGAAGCCAGGAAGCCUGAAAAGAGGGAUGACCUCGCUGGCAGAGGAGUCCAUCAUGAAAAGGUCUCGCACCUCCUCCAUCAGCUCUGGUAGCGGGGUUCACGCCCCGAGAGGAACCCCAGGGACCCAGAGAAACCCGAUCCACAGCUCGUACAGUUCUUCGAUAGGCCUCAGCCAGUGGAAGAAACGCUCUGCACCCAGCUCUCCUCUGUCCAGCCCUGGAUCAUCACGAUGUCAGACUCCAGAGGGUGUUUCCAAAAGACCUAGAGAGGACGAGGGACAAUCUCCCAGCUCAGCAUCCUCAGUGAGGUCGGACCACACAGCAUCAGACAAGGCUCCUGUUACUUCCAAGCUAACUCCAGCUCCCAAGGUUCCAGACAAAACCAUGACAGACUCCACUGGUAGUGGCGGGAAGAGAAAACGCAAGAUUCAGCUUGUGUCCAGUCACCGGGAUGAUCAGAUCUCUCUGCCCCCACCUCCAGAGCUGGGCUACUCUAUCACUGUGAAAGACCUGGAUGAAGAGAAAAAGGCUGCUAUCAGCAAGAUCCAGAAGGUCCUGGAGACACCUGCACCAGAGCCUGAGAAGUCUGCUUCACCCCCAGCCACCACCUCAACCGAGCCCACCUCCUCAACCAGCUCCACCAGCACCACCACCCUGAGCAGCCUCCUGGCAGCACCUCUGCCCACUGCCUCUAGCUCUGCUAUCCCAGUCAUUAACCUGGACCCCAGUCCCAGCAGCAGUGCCACUGCAGCCCCCGCAGCCCCCAACCCACUGCUGGAGGCUCUGAAAAAGAGCAGCACCCCAGCUCCUGUUAGCACCACACCUGCAGCCACGUCAACUACAGUGUCUGCAUCAGCAACACCGGUACAACCUAGUAGCUUAACCUUAAAGGUUUCAACUACAGAGAAUUCUCCUCAGCCUCCUCCCGUGUCCCUGCCUCAGUCAUCCUCCGCUAGUGGAGAGCAGCCCUCCGCCUUCAUGCAGGUGCUGAGUCAGGUGUCAAAACCUCCCAGCAGCACUCCACCUUUAACAGGACCAGGUCUGUUUGGACUUGCCAGUCAGAGCAGCACGUCUACUUCUUCCACAACCUCAAACCCAGUUACUACUGCUGCCGAGACCCCAGCCAGCAGCUCAGAGUCAGUCAGUAACACCAACCCUCUGCUGGCGUCAGGGUUCAAGCCUAUUUUUGCUGUCACCUCCACCUCUUCUUCAACACCAACCCCAGAGAGCAAACCUACUGUCCCUACUUUUAAGCCCAUCUUUGGAGCUGUCGCUGGAGGCUCUGGCUUUGGACAGCUUUCAUCAAUCACAGCAACAAAUCCCACCUCGACAGCUUCUUCAACUAGCGCACCAUCAUUAUUUGGUGCAUCAACAAGCAGCACCACAGUGGCACCAUCAGUUUUUCCUGGCAUGACCAACACCCCCUCUGGCUCUGCUUCCACUGGCUCCAUCCCCACCACACAGCCUGAAGCCAAACCAGCUGUGAAAUCCCUCUUUGGAAACUGGUCAGCACCGACCACGACAAGUACAAGCUCAGCCACAACACAGGCUCCAAGCACAGGGAGCACGUUUCAGUUUGGAGCUGCUCCCACCACCACAGCAGCUGCACCCGCCCCCGCUCCUGCUGCUGCUACUACGACCUCCAGCAACAGCACCUUCACCUUUGGUGCCACACAGCCUGAUGCUCAAGCCACCAGCCAGAAGGUAUUUGCCUUUGGCCAGCCAGCGUCAACACAGAACACAACCACAGCUACAUUCGGAGGCUUUGGAUUGGCUAACGCAGCCUCCACCACCACGACUGCUGCUGCUGCCACCACCCAGUCCACUUUCACCUUUGGAGCAUCGUCAUUUCCAGCCCCAGCAGCGGCAGCACAGCCAGCUUUCGGCUCCUCUGCAGCACCUCCUAAACCGUUUACCUUUGGAGCCAGUGGAGCCGCACCUGCUCCUGCUGCUAACGCUGCCCCGCCCCCUUUCCCUUUUGGUUCUACUGCUGCAACCACUGCACCCAGCUUUGGGACACCAGCUCAACCAGCGUUUGGAGCCAGCUCUACUGGUUUCACUUUUGGCAGUACAGCUGCUCCCUCAGCUGCACCGAGCUUUGGUGCAGCAACCCAGACUCAGAGCUCCUCCUCAUCCACCUUCACGUUUGGCAGUGCUGCUCCUCAGCCAGCCCCCUCUGGCCCUGCCCAACCAGCACCCAGUGGGUUCAACUUUGGUGCUGGCAUGCAGUUUGGAGCACCAGUAUCCAAUAAUCCUGCACCACAGAUGGGAGGCUUCAACUUUGGGGCUGCUGCUACUGACAAACCUGCUUUUGGAACGUCAACCCCGUCGUUUGGCCAGAGUGCUGCUGCAGGUCCAAUUCCCUUUGGAAGUCCUGGAACUCCAGUCCAAGGCUUCAAUGCUGUUCCUUUUGGGUCUCCAGCGACUCCCUCAUUCUCUAUUGGAGCUGGAUCAAAACCAUCAGGAGCCCGCCAGAGGUUACAGGCACGGAGGCAACACAACAGGAAGAAGUAACUUGUUCCACAUGUACAGCACCGCUUUCAGAGGACUCGAGCUGUUGCUGUUGUUGCUGCUAUGGUUACUCUGGCCAACAUUGCUCUGUUGUAAGCCCAACAUCCCCCCCAACCAGGCCGCCACCACGCUCUCUGCUUCCUUCCCCUCCUCCAGUGGGCUGUGCUGGCCCAAAACAUUUUGUCUGCAGAGGAGUCUGAAAGAACACACCAGCUUGCUGAGGUGACGCUGCCUGGAUGACUACAUGACCCAGCAAGGGAGUGUAGCAGCGAGGAGACAGAGUCCAUAACAGUGUACUAUACUUGAAGAGGGCAAAAAGACAGAAGAAAAGUUAAAUUCUGAACAAAAGCAUAUCCAAAGUUCAUUUUCCUUUACAGUAUGUGGACACUCCCAUUGGUUCGUCUUAAAGAGAGAGUUGAGUCAGGCGAAGAUGUGGAGGCUUGGCUCAAACAUUUAUUUUUUUACGUGAAGAGCUCAGUGGUUUGUAUGUUACCGAAUAUUUGAGUACUUUAUCUGAAUGAGUCUGAAUAGAGCAGAAUGCACAGUUGCAGUGUACGUGUAAAGUUGUGAGAAGUUUGCAUUUUAAAUUAUUUUUUUAAUUGGCUCUCUGACCCUGUAAAUGAAUGAUGCGUUUCUGCACUUCAAAGGCAACAUGUCUUAAUGUAGACAGUGCGGAUCCUUGUGUUUUUGUCUCAUACUCUUCGUCAUUACAAGCAUUCCCUGAA